CCCCCAUACAACCCGAUCAUCAACGCCGCCAACAGUCCCCCAAUCCUCGCAGACGAUCCGCUCUGCCAAAAAACCCACAUCUUCCUCACCCGACCCUACCUCAGCGCCCUCCUCUUCGAAAACACCACCUCCGACGCCCGCGACCACUGCGCCAACGAACGCACCUUCCUCUCCUGGCUGCGCCUCUCCAUGUACCUCGCCAUCGUGGCCAUCGCCAUCAUCAUCUCCUUCCAUUUCCAGACCCCGCCGACGGGAUUAGAGCGCCGUAUGGCCCUCCCGCUGGGAAUCGUGUUCUGGGUGCUUAGUUUGGCGUGUUUGGGGAAUGGGUUUGCGAAUUAUGUGCGUACCGUGAAGAAGUAUAGUCGGAAGGCGGCGUUGGUGCAGAGUGGGUGGAAGACGCAGGUCACGUUUACGGUGGUCGGGACGGUCAUUUUGGGGAGUUGUGUGUUGUUUUUGGCGACGGAUGCG